AUGUCAGCCACGGAUAACUCCAUAUCAUCUGUCAACGACAAGCAACCGCCGACUACAUUUUCUACUCUUGACAACCUUUUCGACGAGUUAGAGACUACAACCAGCCAAUGUCUCGUUGUCGACCACGUCAGUCGUCAAACAUAUGAAAAUAUCUGUGCAGAAAGGGCAGAGAGGCGUCGCAGGUACCGAUUUUUCCUGUACCUCGGCGAAAUCCAGAAUCUCAUCAUAACGAUGCCAAAUCCAUGUCAUGGUGCUGCCAGUCGACAUCUUGAAUGCGUCCUUGCUCGAAAAAUAAACGCAAUGGGGUUGAGUGGGGAGUGGCUCCACGAGGGCAGCAUAACUUACCUUGAGAGAUUCGAUGGAGACCUCCUUUCUUCUGGAGAGGCUAAUUUAGCUGGUCGGCCAUCUUUUCUUCGACCCUCAAUAUUACAUGAUUGGCCGACGAUUGUUGUCGAUUUUGGUCCUUCCAAUUCGAUGCCGCUCCUCAGAAAAAAGGCCAGUUGGUGGUUUAGAGCCUCAAGACAUGAUGUAAAGGUCGUCCUUCUAUUCGAGGUGAAUACAUCCACUGGAGACAUCACCAUCGAGCAGUGGAGAGCAGGCCCUCUUCGUGUCCAAAAGAUUGCUAUCAAAAGAGUCAUUGAUGCAUCUGGCACUAUCCCAGUAGCAUCCUAUGAGGUGUUUCGCGGCCCACUAUGGCUGAAUUUUCGGAACCUGUUUCUUCGCCCGCCUAGGAGAGACUCAGGCGAAAUGGAUGUGGUCAUAAACAAUAAUGAGUUGCAACGUCUUGCCAAGGCUACUUGGAGAGCCGAGAGAUUAAUAGGGGAGGCAUAGAGGUUGUUUUUUGUUCGGGCGUUGUUGCGAAUAUAGGGGUAUUUCUGUACGUCUUAUAAGAAAAACUAAGCUUUUU